UUUGACUGCUUAUUUGUUCCACAGCUCGGAUGCCACUUUGUGAGAUUUUUGUGCGCCAGCAUUUUUGUCAUUUCAUUUUCGCGGAUUGUCUCCAGUUGUUGUUCUCUUCAUUAUGUUUCAUCCUUCUCGAGGAGGUGUGCGAGGUGGCGCUGAUCAGUUCAGCUGGGAAGAUGUCAAAGAAGAUAAAUACAGAGAAAACUACCUCGGCCAUUCGUUGAUGGCUCCCGUGGGUCGAUGGCAAAAAGGCAAGGAUUUGACUUGGUACGCCAAAAAUAAAACUGAUGAUACAAGGACAAAGGCCCAAGCGGAGGAAUUAGCCAGAAUAAAAGAAGCCGAAGCUGAAGCGAUGGCUAUUGCGCUCGGGGUGAAGAAGAAAAAGACGAUCGAAAGCAAUGUAACGCAGGAAGAACUUCGCCAUGCAUUGAAGAAAAAUGACUCGGACGAUGAACAGGGAGACAAUGCAAUUAACGAUGAGAAAGGUUUAGGCUAUGGAAGAACAUCGAACCGAAUAAUACCACCGGGCGGUCAUGCUGUAGAAGUGAUGAACGCUUCCAACAAUGUUUCAAAUGGUGACCUUGUCCCAUCCACCUCUGUUACCACAACCGACGAAACACGUUCCGCCAUUGUAGAAUCGAUUACUGUUGCGAAACGCAACGAGGAGAGCAGCAAGAGCAAGAAGAAGAAGAAAUCGAGCAAACACAAGCACAAAGGAGAGAAAAAACGACAUCGCCAUCACAGACAUCGUCAUUACAGUGACAGCGACGGCGAUGAGAGCGACAAGGAAGACAGUCGAAGCCGUCGUCACCGCCGUCGAAGCCCAUCCCUGGAACGACGUUCUACUUCCGAUCGUCGCUCUCACAGGUCUCAUGGUGGGGCAUCACGUUCUCGCUCCCCAAGAUCAGAUCGUCAUUCCAGAUCCGCUCAUCGGUCUUCCUCUUCUCGUUACCACCGACGUCGUUCUUCCAGCCGAUCGCUCUCUCCAGACCGUGACAGAUCUCCUCCAUCUAUCAGGAAACAUCGCCAUCGUAGUCCCGAAAGAUCUUCUUCCGUUGCCAGGCAACGUCGCACCACUCACCGCUCGCCAUCACCUCACGGACACAGAAAUGCACGCAGUCGGUCACCACGGUAUGGACGUGGUCGCGAUCGAUCACGUUCGCCAGUUCGCUCAAGUCAAAGACGAGAUGAAAGCGAUGUCGAACCCUCAAGAGAUUCUCGUUCAUCAUUCUCCACUGCGCGUAAUGCGAAUGGGCCCUCUAUAAAGAAUCCUCCUCGUGAAAGAUCUCUUUCUCCUUACAGCAAACGCGCAGCCAUGUCCCAAAAGUAGUUGCAUAAAAAUCCCAUCAUCAGAAUCGUGCUGAAUUUUUGUCUGUCUUGUCGA